CGUCGCGCACGGUGCGCCCCCUGAUGCGGGACGGCCGGGUAUUGAUUGGGUGGUCGCGGGCCGCGGCGCGUUCGUCGUCGGCGUCGUCGCGCGGCCGCCACAGAGCGCAAAGAGAGGGUGGCGGAAUCGGCAGGCGCCAUCACGCGGGGCCACCGCGACCGUCGUCUGUGGAAGGGCCGUCGUCCAGCCAGUGGCCGCGAUCCUGAUACACCGAAAAGAUGGUCAUGAUGGCCGGCAUGGACGACCACGAGCGAAAAGUCGUCCUCGAGUUCUGCCACCUGCUCGAGAAGAGCAAGCAGCUGUUCAACGGACUACGGGACCUACCACAGUACGGGCACAAGCAGUGGCAGGGAUACUUCGGGCGCACCUUUGACAUCUAUACGAAGCUGUGGAAGUUCCAGCAGCAGCACAGGACGAUACUGGACACGAAGUACGGCCUGAAGAGAUGGCAGAUCGGCGAGAUAGCGAGCAAGAUCGGCCAACUUUACUACCACUACUACCUGCGCACCAGCGAGACCAGCUACCUGCACGAGGCCUACUCGUUCUACGCGGCGAUACGGGGCCGCGCGUACUAUAGCCGCGCCGCGAAGGAAGACCGUAGCGACCUGAUGGUGAAGAAGCUCAGGUACUACGCCCGGUUCAUCGUGGUCUGUCUGCUGCUCAACCGGAUGAAGCUCGUGCGGGAGCUGGUGCAGGAGCUCGACGCGCAGAUCGUCGACUACACGAGCACCUACGAGCCGGAUGAUCAGCUCGAGUGGAACCUGGUCCUGGACGAGAUCAAGGCGUUCGUCAAGGCCGAGUCGGCGGUCGGUGUGAUGCACACGGAUUCGAACCCGGUGAUACUGACCCACAGGCUCGGCCCGCAGACCUCGCCGCCCGUCGAACGUACGCCACCCAUGUGCCUAUCGCUGCAGGAGAUCCUGAUCGUCGGCAACUGCGCCGACCAGGUCAAGUUCAGCGAGCUCUCGAUGGACAUGUUCAGGAUGCUGCAGACGCUCGAAAGGGAGCCCAGGGACGACCCUAACCACCUGCACGACGCGUCGCCCGCGGGACGGAUGCCGUUCAGGCCCGGCCCGUACCCGGGCGCGGAGAACGGCGCGGCGAGACGCGACAAUCCGCACAAGUACCUGCUGUAUAAGCCCACCUACAGCCAGGUGCAGGUGUUCCUCGCGAGCGGCUUCAAGGAGCUGCCGGCGAACGGCGCGCUCCUACUCUACCUGUCCGCGGACGGAUGCUUCUCCACCGUCAAGCAUCCGGAAGAAAUGGGGUACGACCUGGGUGGCGUGUCGACGUGCAGCAAGAGAGACCCGGAGCACUGUAAGAGGCCGACAGGUGGCAAGGAGCCGCACUGCCUCUACCCGGGCGACCUCUACCCGUUCACCAGGAAGCCGUUGUUCGUGGUGGUCGACUCGGACAACAGCUUCGUGUUCCAGCAGAUACCGCGCUACUUCGGGCAGCCGUUGAUGGUGCUGAUGUCGCCGCAGGACACGCCGCCUACCUUACGGGACGUCCGACACGGCGGCAGUCUGUUCACCCUGUUCCUCCACGCCCCCCUCGCCGCCUUCUGCCUUAUAUGCAACAUCGAUAGCCUGGCCGUGCACCACUGGGAGCGGUGCCAGCGUUACAUCGAGCGGUUCCUCAUCGAGGCGUGUCAGCUCGUCACGCGCUCGAGAUGCGAGACCAGCGUGUUGCAAUUCUUCGGUGACGAUUUCCUACGGCUGUUGCUGGUGCGUUACGUGUUCUGUGACGUGGUGCUCAACCUGCACCGGUCGUUCAGGGGUAGACAGCAGAGGCCCCGUUGCCAUCCGCCGUUACCGGACGCCGAGGUGCUCGAGCACCCAACACUCCACCACCUGGUGCUCGACCUGGCCGCGUGCCUCGACUGCCGCGACCACUUCCCGGACAGCAACGAGCUCGCCUGACCCCGGCAUCUUCCCUGUCCGGCCACCGAGUCGACGUCCCUGCUGCCGCCGUACAGCCACGACUACGAUUACGAUUACUACAACUGCAAGAACAAGAUCGUUACGCUGAGACCUCACUAAGAGAAAGAAGGACCGCGGUGGAAAGAAUCAAUGAGAGAGAGAGAGAGAAAGGGAAAGAGGACCAGCUCUGUCUCUCCCUCUCUCUCUCUUUCUCUCUCUCGACGGCGAGCAAUAGGAGAAAAACCAGAGGAAAUAUAAAAUAAAAAAGAACUCUCGCUAGAUCGAACGCCGCGGGCUUCGACGUACACGUACGGGCACUUGCACGCGCGUGGCCGGGUGCAACGCCGGACACUUUGUCCUCUGGGAUCCAACGGAUGCGAUUUUCGGAAGCACGGAAGUUCUGUUUGACGGAGGUCUGUUGAAUACGGAACGUUCCACGAUUCGUCUGGGUGUGACGGUUAGACAUGAAAUUUGGGAACUUUGAGAUUUUUCUACAUUUUUGUAUAAAUACUUUUGAUAAAAUUCUUUGGGUAUUGACGUUAUUGAGAAGGGUGAAUGUUUUGUUCUUUUUUAAAUUGCAUUUUCAUUAUGAAUGUACAUUUGGUUUCGAGGUGAAACACUGAUUACAGUGAGAUAGUCUUUCGACCUAUAUGCAAUGCCACUGUAAUCACGCUGUAGAUACUAUGUGUCCACAGUGAACUCGAUUAUCACGCGAAUCUUCAUUUUGAAAACAAACGUUCGUUCCGGUUCCCGUGAAUCUUAGUUGAAGAAUCGAGAAAAAAGGCUGCUCGAAAGAUUGGAAACCGGGUUACAUAAGUGAAGCAAAGUCCGAAGGAUUAAAAAUUGGGAUAUUGUUGAAGGGUUCUACUUCGGAAAUUAAUUAUAAUGGAUUUCGAUCUCCUCCAUAUGAAACCGCGCCGAGGGGAACAGAACUUCCGUGUCUCGGUCCGGUUCACGGCGGGGAGUCCCGGACUGCGCAUGUGUUCGCCGUUACACCCAGUGUGCGCGCACGUAACAAGUGGUUAAUAUAAAUGAUCGACGCCGUGUCUCAGGGUAACCCGGCGUCGGAUGGGGGCGUCAAAAAGAAUCUCGCGGCGCCGGGGACGCGUCUCUCCGCGUGAAAACACAGUAAACAAAACAAACAAAGAGAGAAAAACAAGAACACAAGUAAAAUAAUGGAAAACAC